GGACUGGGCCCCACUCACCGGGAUCCAUGGAAGGGGAAACGAAGGCACCAGAUGCCAAAGGCCGGGUUUCUGUCUCAACCCCUCCUGUGACUUGGAUGAAGAUGAGACGCUACAAGCUCUUCCUCAUGUUCUGUAUGGCCGGCCUCUGUCUCAUCUCCUUCCUGCACUUCUUUAAGACCCUGUCCUAUGUCACCUUCCCCCGAGAACUGGCCUCCCUCAGCCCUAACCUCGUGUCCAGCUUCUUCUGGAACAAUGCCCCCGUCACGCCCCAGGCCAGCCCAGAGCCGGGGAGCCCCGACCUGCUGCGCACCCCGCUCUAUUCCCACUCGCCGCUGCUGCAGCCGCUGUCGCCAAGCAAGGCCACGGAGGAACUCCACCGGAUGGACUUCGUGCUGCCCGAGGACACCACCGAGUUUUUCGUCCGCACCAAAGCCGGGGGUGUCUGCUUCAAACCAGGUACCAAGAUGCUGGAGAGGCCCCCAUCGGGGCGGCCAGAGGAGAAGGCGGAGGCCGGCGACGGCUCAUCGGCCCGGGGCCCAGUCCGGCACCUGCUGAGCGCCCAGGAGCGCACGGGCGGCCGUGGCGCGCGCCGCAAGUGGGUGGAGUGCGUGUGCCUCCCGGGCUGGCACGGGCCCAGCUGCGGGGUGCCCACGGUGGUGCAGUACUCCAACCUGCCCACCAAGGAGCGCCUGUUGCCCAGGGAGGUGCCGCGGCGGGUCAUCAACGCCAUCAACAUCAACCACGAGUUCGACCUGCUGGACGUGCGCUUCCACGAGCUGGGCGACGUGGUGGACGCCUUUGUGGUGUGCGAGUCCAACUUCACGGCCUACGGGGAGCCACGGCCGCUCAAGUUCCGGGAGAUGCUGACCAACGGCACGUUCGAGUACAUCCGGCACAAGGUGCUCUACGUCUUCCUGGACCACUUCCCGCCCGGGGGGCGGCAGGACGGCUGGAUCGCCGACGACUACCUGCGCACCUUCCUGACGCAGGACGGCGUGGCGCGACUGCGCAACCUGCGGCCCGACGACGUCUUCAUCAUCAACGACGCCGACGAGAUCCCCGCGCGCGACGGCGUGCUCUUCCUCAAGCUCUACGAUGGCUGGACUGAGCCCUUCGCCUUCCACAUGCGCAAGUCGCUCUACGGCUUCUUCUGGAAGCAGCCGGGCACGCUGGAGGUGGUGUCGGGCUGCACGGUGGACAUGCUGCAGUCGGUGUACGGGCUGGACGGCAUCCGCCUGCGCCGCCGCCAGUACUACACCAUGCCCAACUUCCGGCAGUACGAGAACCGCACGGGCCACAUCCUGGUGCAGUGGUCGCUGGGCAGCCCCCUGCACUUCGCCGGCUGGCACUGCUCCUGGUGCUUCACGCCCGAGGGCAUCUACUUCAAGCUCGUGUCGGCGCAGAACGGCGACUUUCCCCGCUGGGGCGACUACGAGGACAAGCGGGACCUCAAUUACAUUCGGAGCUUGAUCCGCACCGGGGGCUGGUUUGACGGCACGCAGCAGGAGUACCCGCCGGCCGACCCCAGCGAACACAUGUACGCCCCAAAAUACCUGCUCCAGAACUACAACCAGUUCCGCUACCUGCUGGACAACCCCUACCAAGAGCCCAAGAGCACCGCGGAAGGGGGGCCGCGGAACCGGGGUUCUGACGGGCGGCCACCCGCCAGGGCCAAGUUGGAAAUGAUGGAAGGCUAAGGCUGCGUCAUCAGACAGGGCCAGUGGCAGGGCAGGGGGUGGCGACUGCCCCUUCUGUUCUCCUCCUGCCCUCCGAGGGGCCCUUGCGAGGACCAGGAGUGGAUGGGUGGGGGAAUCUUCCCUAGUCAAGCCUUUGUGAAUCAGGGGUCAGGCCUGUGAGCUCAAAGAACAUCCUCAUUCCUUCCUCCCUCCAGGAGGGCUGUGGCCGGGAGGGGCCAGCAGGGAGUGCAUGAUGGUUACUGGGCGGCAGGGGAGGGUGGGGAAGGGAGCUGUGCCCAGCUCACC